AGCAGCACGCGCACCGCUCGGUACCGGGGAAGAUGGCAGAGCGGCAGCCUCAGAAGCUCGAAGGACGGGUGAAGAUCGGCCAUUACAUCCUGGGAGACACGCUGGGAGUGGGAACCUUCGGAAAAGUGAAGAUUGGAGAACAUCAGCUGACGGGACACAAAGUGGCGGUAAAGAUCUUGAACAGACAGAAGAUACGCAGCCUGGAUGUGGUCGGCAAAAUCAAACGAGAGAUCCAGAACCUGAAACUGUUCAGACACCCACACAUCAUCAAGCUGUACCAGGUGAUCAGCACCCCCACAGAUUUCUUCAUGGUGAUGGAGUACGUGUCUGGAGGAGAGCUGUUUGAUUACAUCUGCAAACAUGGACGGGUGGAGGACACGGAAGCUCGCCGUCUCUUCCAGCAGAUUAUCUCAGCUGUGGACUACUGCCACCGGCACAUGGUGGUCCACAGAGACCUCAAACCUGAGAACGUCCUGCUGGACGCCAGCAAGAACGCCAAGAUCGCCGACUUUGGUCUCUCUAACAUGAUGUCAGAUGGGGAGUUUCUGCGGACCAGCUGUGGUUCUCCAAACUAUGCUGCUCCAGAGGUGAUCUCAGGAAGGUUGUAUGCAGGUCCAGAGGUGGAUAUCUGGAGCUGCGGGGUCAUCCUGUACGCUCUGCUGUGCGGCACGCUGCCCUUUGAUGAUGAACACGUCCCCACGCUGUUUAAGAAGAUCAGGGGAGGAGUCUUCUACAUCCCUGAGUAUCUGACACGCUCAGUGGCAUCUCUCCUCAUGCUCAUGCUUCAAGUCGACCCUCUGAAGAGAGCCACCAUCAAAGACAUCAGGGAGCAUGAAUGGUUCAAACAGGACCUGCCGGGUUAUCUGUUCCCUGAGGAUCCUUCGUAUGACGCCACAGUCCUGGACGAGGAGGCCAUCAGAGAAGUCUGUGAGAAGUUUGAGUGCACUGAGUCAGAGGUGGUGUCCAGCCUCUACAGCGGCGAUCCACAGGACCAGCUGGCUGUCGCCUACCACCUCAUCAUCGAUAAUCGCCGCAUCAUGACGCAGGCCAGCGAGUUCUACCUGGCCUCCAGUCCUCCUCAGGGUUCCUUUAUCGAGGAGGGCAUGCCCCUUCCCCCGGGGGUCAAACCCCACCCAGAGAGGAUGCCCCCUCUCCUGGCAGACAGUCCCAAAUCUCGCUGUCCUCUGGACGCUCUGAACACCACCCGACCCAAACCGCUGGCUGUGAAGAAGGCCAAAUGGCACCUGGGCAUCCGGAGUCAGAGCCGACCCUACGACAUCAUGGCAGAGGUUUACAGAGCCAUGAGACAGCUGGGCUUCGACUGGAAGGUGGUGAACCCAUAUCAUCUGAGAGUGCGGAGGAAGAAUCCGGUGACAGGAAACCUGGUGAAGAUGAGUCUUCAGCUGUACCAGGUGGACAACAGAUCCUACCUCCUGGACUUCAAGAGCAUCGAUGAUGACAUCAUCGAGGCGGUGGGCUUUAAAUCGGGGUCUUCCACUCCUCAGCGCUCAGGCUCCACAGCCGGACUCCACAGACCCAGACUGAGCAUCGACUCGGCUAGCCCGGCGGUGGAUCUCCCCACGCUCAGCUCCUCCCUGCCCGGCUCGUUGUCAGGGAGCUCCCCGCAGCUCACACCUCGGCAGGGUUCCCACACCAUGGACUUCUUUGAGAUGUGUGCAAGUCUGAUCACCACGCUGGCCCGCUGACACACACCUCAGCUCGCCGAUGUCUAAAUGUCUCUGUGAUUGGGGAUGUAAGAGUGUGAAAGAGUUCCUCUCUCAGUUUUUUUUUUUCAUCCUUACCCCGCUCUCUCUGAGCUGGAGGGAUGAAACAUGCAGACUCACUCGUCACUUCAGAUUAACAGAGACGCAGAGAGGAAGCUGUUCUCACAGACGCAGAUCAGCAGCUUCCUUUAUGUCACUGAGGCCACGUUUACACGAAAAACAUCCUCUGGAAGCUCAGCUGAUUUGUGUUCAAACCCGUCAGUAUUAUGAAUAGAAAAAAACGACUAAAACUGCUGUUGUGUCCAGGAAUCCUGUAGUAUCCAUGCCAGGUCAGUAGGUGGAGCUGUGACUUUGUAAUGAAACAUAUUUUAACGAUGGCAUCGUCUUUGAAGUCAGGGCUAGAAUGUUGAAAAAUGGAUGACACGAUGUCCAAAAGAAAGACUAGAAUGUUAAAUAAACUUUAAAAUAUGACAUCAUCAAAGGAAAGGACUUUUUUUUAAAAGAUGACAUCUUCAGAAGCAAGGCUGAAAUGUUUAAUAAAUAAGAUACAUCAUCAUUAAAGUCAGGACUAGAAUGUUUAAUAAAAGAUGACAUCAUCUUUAAAAGCAGUUUAGUGAAAGAUGACAUCAUCUUCAAAAGCAAGGCUGGAAUGCUGAAUGAAAGAUGACAUAAUAUUCCAAAGCAAGGCUGAAAUGUUUAAUGAAAGAUGACAUAAUAUUCCAAAGCAAGGCUGAAAUGUUUAAUGAAAGAUGACAUAAUAUUCCAAAGCAAGGCUGGAAUGUUUAAUGAAAGAUGACAUCAUCUUCCAAAGCAAGGCUGGAAUGUUUAAUGAAAGAUGACAUCGUCUUCAAAAGCAAGGCUGGAAUGUUUAAUGAAAGAUGACAUCGUCUUUAAAAGCAGUUUAGUGAAAGAUGACAUCAUCUUCAAAAGCAAGGCUGGAAUGCUGAAUGAAAGAUGACAUAAUAUUCCAAAGCAAGGCUGAAAAUGUAAUGAAAGAUGACAUAAUAUUCCAAAGCAAGGCUGGAAUGUUUAAUGAAAGAUGACAUCAUCUUCCAAAGCAAGGCUGGAAUGUUUAAUGAAAGAUGACAUCGUCUUCAAAAGCAAGGCUGGAAUGUUUAAUGAAAGAUGAC